AUAUAAUUUCUCGUUAGAAAAUGCACAGCCCCAAACUAAAACAAAAAAUAAAAACCGAAUCCUAGUCUUCUUCGUUCGUCUCUCCCUCUCAUCUUCUUUUGUCCGACGACCGACCGGCACCCUGGCGUGCCACUAACGCCACUGCGGGCCUUCUUCGUUGCCGUCAGCUUUUCGCUUCUUCGUUGACUUCACGCCUAACGCCCCACUGGAAUCAUCUUCUUCGUAUAUUUGUGCUUCUUAAUUGAUUGAUUGUCUCUGAGGGGAGGAUGGGAACCAAGUAUGUGCAUAAGAGUGCUAAGUACAAGACCUCAGUUAAGGAUCCUGGCACACCCGGAGUUUUGGAAAUGGUAUUGGUCUGAAGUUUAUUAUUCUUGUGCCUGAUUGUCUACCUAUUUAUUACCUUCGUUUUUGUUCUCUUUCAAUUAAUUAUGUACUGAUGAUUUAAUUGUAUUUGAUGACCUACUCUACCAUUGUCUUAAAGAGUAUAUGUUUAUGUAUUUUGUUGAACUGAGUUUGUAAGACAAUGUUGAAAUGGUGCAAGUGAUACAAAAAUGAUUUGUUUGAGGGUUUUCAGGUUCAUUUUUCUAACUUUGUAUGCGAAACAUCUUCUUAUGUUGUUGCUAGGAAGUAUGGACACAUGUUAGACACAGGUAUCUUAAAAAUGCUUAAGACAAGUGUUCAACAUGCAGAAAUUUGUGUUCUUCGGUCUCUUUUAUCGAUAAACUAAUAAUGUGACUAAAACUCAUAGUAGAAAAGGAGUUACAACAAGCAAAUAAAACAAGGAACAAGAGGUACACCUGUGCAUCUUAACUAGGUUGACACCUACUUAGCGCCCUCAUCAUGUCCAAACAAUCUAUAAGAAAGAAGGAUAAAAAAACUUUUUUUUUGAAAGAGGUAAGUUCUCUCCCCUCUCUUCUCUCUCCUCUCCUUUCUCCUCUUCUUUCUCCUCUCUCCUUUCUCCUCCCCUUUCCGGUAGCUGGGUUCUUCAGCACACCUUUCCGACAAGUUUCAAAACUCAACAUGGAGGUUGUCAAUUGCAAAAUCGAUUAGUCACACUACUGCAUUUGGAAAGAGGAUGAUUGUUGUUUUAUUGAAGAUGUAGAAGCCUGUAAAAGCAUUUCUCUUUUCGAUAGCCAACUUAUAUGGACUUAGUAAUAACUGGCUUACUCAAAACUCAAAUUGACGGUCAUUUUAGAAAAUUCGGGGACAUUGACAGAGGAAGAUUGAGAAUAUUGAAGUUUCUAACUAAGUCCGGAUGGGUUCUAAGUUGCGAUCACUGGCCAUAUUUAGGGGUCUUUUCAAUAUAAGAUUGUGCUCGGGAAAAGACCAACAAGGAUGGUUGUUGUUAUGGAAGAUGUUGGGAAAAAUUUGUUGAAAAAUUGGAUUAUGUUAGAUGGUGUUCGGGUAAUAUCUCCAGGAUUCCUUCUCUGCAUUUGGUAGAAAAAAUAAGUUAUGUCGAAAAGAUAAAGUCUAGUCAUUCUAAUUCUCUAGCCCCAAGGUCCAAGACUAAGGAAGUCGGUUAGGAUCUUAGUCAAAAAAGAAAGUUUCAAGUGCCCAACCAUUCUUCCCCUCCAUAACAAAAGCAGUGGUUGAUCAAGAACCAUGAAGUUACUAAGGUCAAAUUUGAAAACCUAUGGAUUACAUCAAAAUUAUUUGCUUCAAAUGACUGGAGACUGAUCCGUAAGAGGUUGGAAGUUCUUUUCCAAACGAAAAUUGUUAUAUAUCCUUUAUUUGAUGAGAACGCCCUCAUUAGUAUCGGUCAAGAUCAAUCUUAGACUUUAUCCGUGAGGAAGGAAAAUGGCAGGCUUGGGGAAUUUCCACCUCAAAUUCGAAAGAUGGGAUAACCUCAAACACAGACGACCACUUGUUCUAAAAGGCUACGGUGGUUGGCUCAAAAUAAAAAACCUUCCUCUAGAUUACUGGUGUAGAAGUACCUUUGAGGCUACUGGGGAUCACUUUGGAGGUCUUAUAGACAUAGCCAAUGAAACUCUGAACUUAACAAAUGUUAGUGAUUUCCAAAUUUAGGUAAAGAACUUAUGUGGCUUUGUGUCGUCAACGAUUAAAAUUACUCACAUAAAGAUAGGAAAUAUUUACCUACAUUUUGGUGACUUUGAAUUUCUAAAUCCUCCUAGACCUUCCGAAGUUCCUAUCUUGCUGGAUAAUUUUAAAAAUUCUAAUCUUCGAUUGAGAAUUGGAGAUGUUUUGCUUGAUGAAUAUUUUGAUCCUUCCUCCUUUCCAUCCGUAUCAAAUGUUCUGAAAUAAGUGUUUGCAACUCUUCCCAGAAGUAGAAAUCCAUUUGAAAUUUUGAAGCUUUUUCUGUCCAUCCCACUGACGUAGAAGAAAACAGAGGCCAACAAUCAGGUUGAAAGUGAAUUAAUUGCACGGGCAACUAAAACGGUGCCUUCUUCAAUACUGCCGAACCCAAGAUAAACAGCUGUUGCAAAAUGGCAGUGGGGCCCACUUCUAUAGAUUUUGCUUUCAAAAUUCCAGUAGCCGAAGAGUCAUUAAUUGAGAGGAUUAAAUAAAAUACGGCCCACUUCAUUAUCAUUAUGAGUAAUUACAAAAUUUGCUCAAAUUUACUAUUGACAACUCGGCACAUUUAAAGCAAAAAACAUUACAGAAUGCUUCAGCAAAAGAAAUUUCACACUCUGUUAGUAUAGGAGCCCAACUUUCUCUAGGUUUUGGAAUUUCCAACCGUUUCAAGUUUGCGAAAGCAAGUAAACCCACCCAUGCUCCAAAAAUUCUCAAGCAUUACAUCCGGAAGCAAACCUCUUUCAAUAAUGUUUCGACUGCCCUACUAAAGUCAGAAUUAAAUGGGGUUUGUGACCUUAAAGUCCCCCUUCAGACUCUUUUCGGAAUCACUCCCUCAAACACUCCAAUUCUGAUAAAAACCCGGAUCUCCUGGAAGUGUACAGCUUUAAAGCUCAGGCCCUGAAUGCUUCUCUAGGUUAGUAAACGCAGAUUCUCCAUCUAAGCUUUCUAAUUUUUCUAAAUCCACCAUGGCUUCUAUACUGCGAGGCUCCCCCUGCAAAGUUGACAAUUCUUUUAAGAAGCAGUUUGAUUUAUUAUUUUCUAUUAGUGUUAGUAGUGAAGAAUCAGCCGGUACUCUCAAUGCGUAUGACCUUAAAUUGGACUCAGAAACUGAAGGGGUAGAUCUUAAUGUUCUGUUUAAUGAUGAUGGCUUCCCUCCAAAUAAAGUUUCCUUGGAUCUGCCAAAGGAUUUGACGUCAAUAGUUAAUGUGGAAUUAUUUUGGCUUAAAUUAGCAGGCCAACCUUCCUAUUCCUUCUACCUUUCUCAAAGAUUGUCUCGAGGUAUUCGUCAAGGGGACCCUCUUUCCCCCUUUUUAUUUCUCUUAGUAAGUGAAGUUCUAGUAGCAAUCAUAAACAAACUCUACAUUAAUGGGCAGUUCGAAGGUUUUCUUGUUGGCAAGGACGAUCGAUCUCCUUUGCUCCAAUUCGCCGAUCGCACUCUUCUGUUCUAUAAGUAUGAUGAGAAGAUGCUACUUAAGCUUAAGGAUGCCAUUAGGUUAUUCGAAUGGUGUUCGGGCUGAAAGUAAAUUGGGAGAAAUCAGCCCUUAGCGGUAUUAAUGUGGGUGAGGAUGACUUGGUACAAACAGUGAAUCGUCUAGGUUGCAAGGCAGAAAAGCUACCGUUUCUAUGUUUAGGUCUACCGUUAGGAGGCUAUCUUUGGCAAAAGGAGCUUUGGCAACCAGUUAUAGAUCGAAUCUACGAGAAUUUAGAUUGAUGGAAAAGAUAUAACAUCUCUAGAGGAGGUUGACAUACCUUGUGGACUUCAGUUAUGUCUAGUCUUCCUACCUAUUAUCUAUCUUUAUUUUCAAUCCCUGAAAAUGUGGCUGCCUCUUUGGAGAAAAUCAUGUGGAACUUCUUUUGGGAAGGUUAUGCUGGUAGCAAAAUUAACCACCUUGUCAAUUGGAACAAGGUCUCAUCACCUCUAAAAAAUGAGGUCUCGGCUUAGGUGGAAUUAAAGUUCAUAACUGCUUUGCUCGCUAAGUGGGGGUGGAGAUUCUCAAAGGAAGAGUUAGCUCUUUGGAGAUAAAUAAUUAGAAGCAUCUAUGGUAAAAAGCCUGGUUUACAAAAGGAAAAUCCAGUAACAGUCUAAGGAGUUCUGGGUAAGCAUUGCUAGAGUUUGGAGGUCGGUAGACUCAUUAGCCCUAUUUAAACUUGGUAAUGGUCAUAGAAUCGGUUUUCCGACAGAUCUUUGGGUUGGUAACGCCCCUCUUAAGGAGCAAUUCUUCAAGCUCUUUAAAAUUGCUCUUUUGCCCAACGGUUCAGUUGCAGCACAUUGGGACUUUGAAACUUCAUCUUGGUCCUUGUCCUUUAGAAGAUGUUUGAAAGAUGAUGAAAUUGCAGAAUUUCAAUCUUUAUCAUCCCAACUAUCGUCUGAAAAAGUGAAUAAUUACGACGAUUAUAGAUCAUGGUCCAUUGAUCACCAUGAUCGGUUCACUGUUAAGUUUCGGCUCACCUAAAAUCUGCCUCUCCGAUGAAUAAACACCUUUUUACAGCUAUAUGGAAAUCAAGCAGCCCAUGGAGAAUUAACAUCUUGAUUUCGAUUAUGGUUUUUGGGUCCCUCAACUGUUUAGAAAUCAUGUAAAAGAAAUCCCCUAACAAAUGCCUCCUUCCUUCGAUUUGUCCUCUAUGUAUGAAGGCUAAUGAGGAUAUUCCUCAUCUUUUUAUGACCUGCCCCAUUUCAUCCUCCGGUUAGGAUAUUUUUCUUGUUCAAUUUUGAUUGGGUCUUUGAUUGAUCCCUAAGUGCCAAUGUGUUUCAACUUUUGUUGGGCCUGUCUUUACCCAAGAAAUCAUGUUUAAUAUGGGAAAAUUCGUCAAAAGUUCUCCUUGCAGAAUUAUGGUUCGAGCGUAAUCAACGAAUUUUCCAUGAUAAAGCAAGACCAAGGGCAGAAAUUAUUCGUUCAGUAGAUCAUAAUCUACCAAGCCAUAAUACUGCAGCUUGGUGCUCCUUAAAUAAGGAGUUUGAAAAUUAUUCCAUUCAAGACAUUUACCUCAACUGGACUGCUCUUCUCUCUCAACCUGCAUGUUAGUUGCUGAUUCAGUCUGUAGUUUGCAGAUUACUCAGUCUGAAGCUUCUUCACAGCAAACUUCCUUCUGCGUGCUGAAGGCUUGGUGGAUUGCUCCUUUGUAGCCUUAUAUUUUUGGUCCUUUAUUAUAUUAAGCUAGACGUUAUUUAACCUUUGCAAGUUUUGGCUUUGUAUGCUUUCGGGAUAUGAUGUUUGACACUAAGGGGGUGUCAAUCUGUUGAGAUGUCCGACUGUGCCUCUUGAUCCCUAGGUUUCCCAUGUUUUAGACUUCUUUAUUGCUCUCUUUGUAUAAUUUUGAGUUAUAUAUUUUUUGGCCUUCCCAGUUCGUUAAACUUGUUUACUGGUCCUUUAUUAUAUUAAUCUGGAUAUUAUUUAACUUUUGCAACUUUUGGUUUUGUAUGCUCGGGAUAUGAUGUUUGACACUGAGGGGGCGUCAAUCUAGUUGAGAUAUCUGGACGGAGUGCAAGUUUGUAUUUAGGCCCAGUGAUCCCACCUCAGCUUCUAAGCUUGACGUGGAGUUCAGAUUUAUUAAAGGCCACAAAAACACUAAGGAAGGAUCAAAUAAACCACCGUGGCUUAAUCUCACCAAGGACCAGGGUGGAAGUUACAUUUUUGAGUUUAAAAAUUUCUCAGAUCUUCAUGUCUGUCGCGAGUUUGUAGAGCUGCAGGUUCCUUGAUCUGAAAGAUGGUGAAUGGUUGUGAACUUUUCCAAUGGAUUGAUAAGCCCCUUGUUUAGUUUAACUAUUCCUGAGGCAAUUAGGACAAAGGGAUGAAGGGCGAGUGCCAUAAUCGGUUAACUUUAUAAGGGCACCUCAGACACACUACUUAGUAACAAGUUAGAGGGGAAAGGCAAGGAAGUUGGGUGGUUCAAUAAUAUGUUAAGAUUAGGGGAUGGCCAGCCUGAUGGUUUGGCAUCUGGUGCCUUCUCCAGGAAGUGCUUUAGCAAAGUUGGGAGACGCUGCACAAGCUCCCUCUGAGAGGCCUGUGGUGGCAUUUCCUCAUGAACAGCUCAGUAAAUCAGAAAUGGAACUUCGAAUGAGAUGUUUGCAAGAGGAUAGUGAACUGCAGAAACUCCAUAAACAAUUUGUAAUUGGUGGUGUGUUGACUGAAUCUGAGUUUUGGGCAGCAAGGAAGAAAUUACUGGAACGAGACAGCUCCAAAAAGUCAAAACAGCUGAUUGGUUUUAAGAGUUCAAUGGUUUUGGAUACCAAACCAAUGUCUGAUGGUCGGACAAACAAGGUUACAUUUAAUUUGACACCGGAGAUCAAAUAUCAGAUUUUUGCUCUGAAACCAGCUGUUCACCAGGCAUUCCUUAAUCAUGUUCCCAAUAAGAUGUCGGAGAAAGACUUUUGGACAAAAUAUUUUAGAGCGGAGUACCUUCAUAGUACAAAAAAUUCUAUUGCAGCGGCAGCAGAGGCUGCUGAAGACGAAGAACUUGCCCUUUUUCUGAAGGACGACGAGAUAUUGGCUGCUGAUACUCGGAAAAAGAUUCGGCAUGUUGAUCCUACAUUGGAUUUGGAAGCUGAUCUAGGAGAUGAUUACACACACCUUCCAGAUCAUGGAAUCUUUCGCGAUGGUGGCAAGGAAAUAACUGAAUCACAAAAUGAGCACUAUAGAAGGACUUUGUCACAAGACCUUAAUCGUCAAGGUGCAGUUGUUCUUGAAGGCAGAACUAUUGAUGUAGACUUGGAAGAUCCAAGGACAGUAGCAGAAGCACUUGUGCGGUCUAGACAUGCGGUAGAAGGAAAUGAGAGGCAGACAGCACUUGAUAGGAUCUCUAGGAUGACAGCGAUUGAGGAUCUUCAAGCACCUCAUAGCCAUCCUUUUGCUCCUCUUUGUAUCAAGGAUCCUCGAGAUUAUUUUGAUGCUCAACAAGCAAAUGCCAUUAAGACAUUGGAUGAUACACGAGCUGGAAUGCAACAAACUAAGUGCAGUUUAAGCACUACAGAAGCAUAUUGCUCACUGAGGGAAUCCAUAUCUGAGAUUAAGUCUUCUGGAUUCAAUCAUCCCAUAAUUAAGCCUGAAGUUGCACUUAUGGUUUAUAAUGGAUUAACUCAAAAUAUUUCUAGUACCAAAUAUCAGCUAGGGAAAAACCCUCAGGAGAGUAUUCUGGAGAGUUUACCAAACCCUACUAAGGAGGAACUUCUACACCAUUGGAUCUCGAUUCAAGAGUUACUCAAGCAUUUUUGGUCGUCUUAUCCAAUCACCACAUCAUAUCUUUAUACCAAAGUCAGCAGAUUGAAGGAUGCAAUGUCCAAAAUCUAUCGACAGUUAGAACAGGAGAUUAAGGAAACCGUGGUGGCAGACUUCCGCCACCAAGUAUCUCUUUUGGUUCGUCCAAUGCAUCAGGCUCUGGAUGCUGCGUUUCAGCAUCAUGACGCUGACUUGCAGAAGAGAUCAGUAAAGAGUGGAGAAAGGGUCAACGGAUACACUUAGAAAUUAUCAAAUAUAGAAUCUCUCUUUCAAUUCCCUCACUGAGUGUUCGUCUUCAAAUGAAAUUUUGCGGCGGACAGCCAUCAUCAUGUGUUGGACAAUAUUUAAUCUAUUGCCUUCAGUAGUAAAUAAUGGUAAUUUUUCAUUUUAUAAUCCAUACUAAUUAUUUCUCCAUAUAUAGAUAGAAUAAACAUUAUAAUUGUAUUGUAAUAGCCACGCUGACUUUAUAUUUAUAUAUAUAUUACGGGAAGUUACAGAAUAUUUAUCUUCA